AUGUCCAACUUGAAGACCACAGAGGCCGUGAAGUGGAUCAGGAAGCCCAUGGCGAAAAAGGAAAUGUUGACGGCUCGGCAGCAUGGCGAACCCCCAUCUCCUUACACAGCCUGGUAUUUCAGCUCCGAUCCAGUGGCCAGCCAUUUCCCCGACAACCUUUGGCAGCCGCCCUUUUGGGAUUCUGGCCCCGAGUGUGACUCCGAUCGACGCUCCUGGCAUCAGAGCUUGCGCUAUCAACAUGGCCCGGCCUUCCACUUUGAGUCCAAGCGCGGCGAAGUACCGCACGGACCUGGUGAUGAAGCGGCUGCACGUACCUGGUGGUGUAGCAACGACUCAUCCCUGCUGUGCACGUCCACUGCAGCGCAUCGUGAUCCUUUUCGCAGCUUGAUGUAUA